CGCCGUUUCAACAGGUGCAUUAUUUUGGUUGCAAAAAAUCGAAGAUUUUGUAUGAAAACUGUGUGAAAACUGGACCGGUAUAAUUAUUUGAAAUGUGGAAAAAGGACAACUAAGGAAUGACCAGCUUCACACCCAAAUUCUGGAAGCCAGGCACAGACAAGCCAGGGGCAGGUCUUAAGGAGGAGCGGCGUCAAGUCGGCGAAGGAAGUGGCGAAUGUGUUGUCUAUAAUCCGAAUGUUGCCGUUUCCAUUGAACAACAGAGGCAGAGACUACCCGUCUUCAAGCAUCGAAAUCACAUCUUGUAUCUCCUCGAAAAGUUCCAGACAGUUGUAAUCGUCGGCGAAACAGGAUGUGGAAAGAGCACCCAGAUCCCUCAGUACCUGGUAGAGGCCGGGUGGGGUGCAGAUGGGUACAAAGUGGGUGUCACACAGCCCAGGAGGGUGGCUGCUGUCACAGUGGCUCAACGUGUCGCUGAAGAGCGUGGCACUGUCAUUGGUCACGGGGUCGGGUAUUCCAUCCGCUUUGAGGAUUGCACAGACCCUGAGGCAACCAAGAUUAAGUUUAUGACAGAUGGGUAUCUUGUGAGAGAAAUGAUGAAUGACCCACUGCUUUCCAAAUACAGUGUGAUCAUGCUUGAUGAGGCGCAUGAGAGAACGCUGUACACGGACAUCGCCGUCGGACUCCUCAAGAAGAUCCAGCGGAAGAGACCCGAGAUGAGAAUCAUCGUUGCCUCAGCAACGCUGGAUGCAGAGGCCUUCAGAGACUUCUUCAAUCAAAAUGAAACGGACGAUACAAGCAAAGACACGGCUAGCAUCCUCACAGUUGAGGGGAGAACGUUUGCAGUGGAUGUCUUCUACAGUCUCAGCCCAGUACCCGACUACGUCAAAGCGACGGUGGAUACGAUCAUGAAGCUGCACAAGACGGAGCCAGCUGGUGAUAUCCUCGCCUUCCUGACCGGACAAGACGAAGUUGAACAGGCAAUGGAAAUGGUCCUGCAACAGAUCCGCACUUUCUCCUCCGACCAUAUGAAGAUGUUAGCUCUUCCGAUGUAUGGCAGCUUGCCUGGCAAAGAGCAGAUGAGGGUCUUCGAAAGGAUCAGCCGCAACACCAGAAAGGUUGUCCUAGCAACCAACAUAGCAGAAACAUCAAUAACCAUCAAUGGCAUUGUGUAUGUGAUUGACAGUGGCUUUGUCAAGAUGCGAGCCUACAACUCAAAGACAGGUCUCUCCGGACUAGUAGUGGUCCCCGUGUCCCAAGCCUCGGCUCAGCAGAGGACCGGCAGGGCAGGUCGUGUAAGGUCAGGCAAGGCGUACAGACUAUUCACCGAGGAUGACUACAAGUCACUAAGGAAGACAACAGUACCUGAGAUGCAGAGGAGUGACCUGAGCACAGUAAUACUUCAGCUGAAAUGUCUCGGCAUCGAUAAUGUCCUACGCUUCAAUUUCUUAUCGCCGCCGUCAGCCAGGGCUAUGAUGAGGGGUCUGGAGCUACUCUACGCUCUGGGCGGUAUUGACGAUCACUCCAAGCUCUCUCAGCCACUCGGGAUACGCAUGGCUGAGUUUCCUCUUGAUCCAAUGUUUGCCAAAAUGCUGCUUGUGUCAGGGGAUUUUGGCUGCUCGGAGGAGAUUCUAAGUAUAGCCGCCUUAUUACAAGUUCAGAAUAUCUUCCAAACUCCCUCCAAUGAGAAAGGCAAGGCUGAACAAGCGAAGAGGAAGUUUUCGGUUGCCGAGGGAGACCACAUCACAUUGUUGAAUGUUUAUGAAGCUUUCAUCAAGUUUGGCAAAAAUUCAAGAUGGUGCCAUGAAAAUUAUCUCAACUACAAAGGUCUCUGCAGAGCGAUGACUGUGAGGGAACAACUUAAAAAACUGCUCAAGAAGUUCAAGGUGAAGAUUGUGUCAAGCGAGGGAGACGUUGACUCCGUUUGUCGUUGCGUUGUUGCGGGGUUCUUCGCUAAUGCAGCCAGGUUGCAUCCGAGCGGGGAGUAUCGGACGAUACGAGACGACCAUUCCAUCCAUGUCCAUCCGUCAUCAGUACUGUACACAGAGAAACCGCCACAUUGGGUGGUAUUUCAUGAGGUUCUACAGACUAACAAGGACUACAUGAGGGACUUGACGGUCAUCGAGCCGAGCUGGCUGUAUGAGCUUGCUCCUCAUUACUACCAGUAUGGUACGGACAUGGAGAUUGCAGCCAAGAGAGCCAAGAUGGAAGAUCCCACAAGCUGACAUUGUUACAAUCUGGCUGGCCGUUGUGGGCUGUAAAGCUCUGGAUCAAGGCAGACAAACUUGACGACAGAUAGGUGAACACUUCUCAGAUUGCGUAUUCCUACAAGGGAAUAUUCUUCCUGGGUGGGUAUAUUCGCUCUGGAUUUUCAGCAAUAUCUCAAAAACACCCAGGACAUGGAGAUAACAGCAAAGAGAGCCAAGAUUGAAGAUCCCACAAGCUGACAAUGUUACAAUCGGACUGGCCGCUGUUGGCUGCAGAACUCCGGAUCAAGGCAGGCUGACUUAGAGACAGAUUCCAGUCGUGUUACCCGGUAUCAUUCCAAAAUUAGAUCCCUUGCCAUGGUCGUGACCACAGAGGUCGAACAAUGGGAGUUGGUACGCGCGCACCGCGCACUACUCACAGCCAAUGGUAAGUCCCUAUUGACCAUAGUGAGGGCGCUGUUUUGGGGCUUGUGAUGUCAUAUGCAAGAUCCCACAAACUGGGAGUUGUGAAGUGUAAAGAUCUGGGCGGAUCAAGGCAGGCUAACUUGGGGAUAAAUAUGUUAAUGCUAGAGCAGGAUUUUAAUCAACAUUCAUAAAUACCUAAGACAAUUUAUCCAUUCUGAUUGGUCGAGAGGGCAUCACAAGGGGUUGUUUGAA